GCGGGGGCGGCGGGCCGCGCUCUCCUUUCGCCCCUCCGCUCCCGGUGGCGGCGGCUCAGUGCGCAGGCACAGAGCGGGAGCGAGCGGCGCUCCGGGCCGUACAUAAUACGUGGUGUCUGGGGCCGGCGCGGCGCAGAGCAGAGAUGGGACCGGCGCGGGAGAGCCGCAGCUAGCGCCGCUGCGGUUGCUCAGCCGGCCGAGGGGAGCGGCGGGAGGGACAGGUAACCCCGGGCCGCCGCACCGGGGCUCUCCGCAAACUUCGGUUGCGCAGUUUGGCGGCGGGAAGGGGGGUCCUCACGGGAGGCGUACGGCGCGCAGCUCCCCGCGGGGAAAGCGGCGGUGGGGGCAUCGGCCGCCCGGCGGAGGGGAUAGGUGGGGGGUUACGGCGGGACCCGCCGGUUUCGCCCCUCAGCCCGGGUGAGGGGGCACCCCCGAGGGAGGCUGCUGCCGCCCGAGGGGGCUGCGCGCCGAGCUAGGGGGCGCCGCGGCCGGGCCGGGCGCUCUGCCCUCGGGACCCCGGUAGCGGCGCCGGGCCGAAGGGUGGGGGCCGCCGGGAUCUCUGGCGGGGCGCGGGCGCUGCGGAGUUCUUCCGCCUCGCCUGGGAAACGAUGGAUGGACAGCGCGUCCCGCCCGGCCGGCGCAGCAUCCUGCGCUCCAGUCUGCGCGGCCGCUGGCGGCUGGGCAGCGGGCGGGGCCGCCGUCCCCUGCCAAAGGGAGGCCCCGGGGUGGGCCCCCCUUGGGGCCUUGUCCCCGGCACGGGGAGGCCUCGCUGGCUACCCCGUGCACGGCAGCGGCCCAGGAGUCGCCCCAGAAGGCAGCCGGGCACCCCAUGCGCCCUCGGGGAGCGGCGGCAGCAGCGCGUCCUGCUCCCACAGCCCCGGUGGGGCCGGAGCCACGGCCGCGGGAGGGCUCGCCUCGGCUGUGGUGGACUGGGUUAGGCAGAGCACGGCCUGGGCCAGCGGCUGGCCUGGGAAAGUGCUGGAGGCUGUGUGACACGGGUCUGAGGCAUCGAAAGGGCCAUCUCGGAGGCUGCGGUCAAAAGGAGGUUAUUUAUUCCAGUGUUCACUCUUCACAAGGGACUUGCUUUCGGUAGGAAGGAUGAGCUCCUAUGCUGACAUCUGCGGGUCCAAGCAUGCGCAGGGCGGCACCGAGGGAGGGUACCAACGCUAUGGAGUUCGGUCCUACCUGCAUCAGUUCUAUGAGGACUGCACAGCUUCAAUUUGGGAGUAUGAGGAUGAUUUUCAGAUCCAGAGAUCGCCUAGCAGGUGGAGCUCUACAUUCUGGAAGGUCGGACUCAUCUCUGGGACGGCUUUUAUGCUCAUAGGUUUAACAGUUCUUGUAGUGGGUUUUCUUGUGCCACCGAAAAUCGAAGCUCUUGGGAAAGAUGAUUUUGUUGUGGUGGAUACCCGUGCCAUUCAGUUUAAUGGGUCCCUUGAUAUAUGCAAGCUGGCAGGAGCAAUCCUGUUUUGCGUUGGAGGGUCCACUGUGGCAGCGUGUCUGCUGAUGUCUGCUUUUGCUAAAAGUUACUCCAAAGAAGAAAAGUACCUCCAGCAAAGAUUCAAAGAGAGAAUAGCUGAUAUAAAAGCCCAUGCGAACCCAGUCACAAAAGCGCCAGCACCGGGAGAAUCAAAGAUACCUGUCACUUUGUCCAAAGUUCAAAAUGUCCAACCUCUAUCUGAAACCUGACCCUUUCCUUAGGUUUUGUUUCUCACCUGUAGAUCACUUUAACUGGAAAAUAUCAGCCGUUGCUGGCAUACGUGCUAGUCAGUUACAACAUCCAGUGCUCUGCUAUACAAACACACAGCUGAGAGGGAAGCUACUCCAAUACAAAUUUAGGAUUGGGAAAAGGGAAAUUUUGUGAUUAGACCUGUGACCGAUAUAUUCAGUGUAUUCAAACAUUUUAAUCUGUGUUGAACCAGUAAGUCCUUGCAACAACGAUUAGGUGUUUAGCUUAUCAGAUUGCAUCCCUCGAAAACAUAGGGUGCAUUUAUGACAGCUGUACCAGGAACACCCUACAUCCCACUGUUUCAAGUUUAGAUGAGUUGGCUUUUUGUUUAAUUUUCUUCUUGGCCAGUAAAAUGCUGUUUAGUCUUACCUUUAACUCCUGGUUCUGCUGUCUGGAAAGCCAAGAUUCUGCCCUUGUAAUUUGCACUUUGUCCUCCUGUCACAUGCUACAGUCUGCAUCAAAGUAAUACUGCACAGGAAAAACAUACAUGACAGUGAGUGCCCUUAAUUUGAUCCUGGUGCAUGUCACUUCCCGGUGAUGUUACUUUCUGGGAAGGGCAAGUUAUACUUGAGCCUGAGUUACAAUUAACCUGUGCAUAACUGCCACUUCCAUCUUGUUCAUUGCCAUAUUAACAAAAACAAAAUAGAAGGAAUUCCUAUGGGAGGAGGAACAUCGUACUUGUGUAUCUUUGGUUUGAUAUUGUUUCAUUAUGUUGUGUUAUGUUUGAAGCUCAUACAGUACGUUUUCUUUUGGCUGGGUAUGGAUUACUAAAUGUGGUUUGACAUGCCCAGGCCUCAUAUUCUGUCAGCACAUUGAUGCCAUGUUAGAUGACCUUAACAUACUUAUCUAAAGACAUUUUGAAAUGCUGUUUAUAUUUUUAUAGAGGAUAGAGAAAGUUAUGCUUAACCAGAUACAUUUGUGUAAAUGCUAACUUGAAGACUUGUCCUUUCAUGGAAGACCCUCAAUUAUUUUCCCACCCAGGGCAAUUAUUUCACUGUCUUAAUCUAUGGAUUUAAAUUAAACUGUAUAAAGAAAGAUGUGACAUUUGUACUCUCUGACAAUAUGUGCCACCUUAUAGUUCUGUCUAUUUUUUGAAUGGAUUGAAUAAAAUUCUAGGCGUGAGCCAGCCAUGGA